AUGUCGGACGCCGUCGAUGCCGUGCUCGCCGCCGUGCGCGCGCUCAACGCGUCGCACGACGCGAACGAGCGCGCGAGAGCGAAUGAUUACCUCGUCCAACUGGACCGAUCGCCCGACGCCGUACACGUCGCGUUGGACGUCUUGGAGCGCGCGCGCGCGGAUGAACGCGCGUGUUUCUUCGCCGCGAACGUCGUCGCGAGCGCGUUGACGCGGACGCGGAGCGUGGAGGCGCUGGAACGAGCGCGGGAGGCGUUUCGCGCGGUGGCGGCGGACGCGAGCGGCGAACAAAGCGCGCGGAGGUUAGCGCUGGGAAUCGCGAGCGCGAGCGCGUCGAGCGGAACGGAGGAGGUGGGACGGUGUAAGCGAUUGGCGGAGAGCGUGGCGACGACGAGCGGGAUCGAUGCUAGCGGGAUGCGGGUGGGGAUCGAGCUCUUGGCGUUGCUCGCGGAGAAGUGCGACGAGGAGAGCGGAAUUAGAAGGCGAAAUCUCGCGCGCGCGUGCGCGAACGAGUGCGAUGGAGUGUUGCGGAUGGUGGGCGAGGUGUUUACGGCGUGUGGGAGCGCGCGAACGCGCGAAAGGGACGCUUUGAGGGCGUCGUGCGUUCGGGCGACGCGAGGUUGGUUGAAGUUGGAUCCGUCAGGCGACGUAGUCGGCGGUUUGCGCGUAUCGCCGACCGAGUUCGCCACAAACUACGGCGCGCUAUUCGAGAAUAUUUUGCAGUGUUUAGUAGUAGAUAGGAGUGGGUGCGGCGAGGCGGCGGUGGACAUGUUGGUGGAGCUUCAUCAAGGUCGAAGCGGCACCGAGGCGGAGGAAUUCCAGGCGGUGAACGCGGUGACGAGAGGUCUGCUUGCGCACGGUGCGACCGCGAUGGAAUCGGAAGACAGCUUAGUGGCACGUAAUAUAUCGCUCGUUGCCGUCGCGCUGAGCGAGCGAUGCGUGAACGUGUUGUGUCGAGGCGACGACGCGUCGCUCGCGCUCGUGUCGUUGAUUCUGUCACUCAUGGAUCGUCACGGACGCGAAGUGACCGAAGUCGCGGUCGAUUUCUUUCUCAUGAUGGACACCGUAGCGUCGUCGAUGAAACACGAGAGUUUGCGGGCACCGAUGCACGUGAGAAUGGUGGAGGUCAUCGUCAAGCAAGCCACGCUUCCGGAUGAUUUCACCUGCUGGGAAGAAGCUGCGGAGGACGAGGAGACUUUCGAACGCUUUCGUGAGCACAUCCUCGCGGACCUCUUAGAUAACGCUUACGGUGUCUUGAGAGGACAGUAUUUUCAUAUAGUUGCAGGUGCUCUAGGCGCGGCGAAGAGUUGGCGCGACGCGGAGGCGGGCGCGUUCGCUCUGCGCGCGAUAGCGGCUCGCGUCAUGGACGAUCUCGAAGAGUCGGCGACACCAGAGAUUGAAACCUUCUUGACGCAGCUUCUCUCGACGGUGGCGGAGCACGCGACCGAUAAUAGUGGGUUAUUUUCUUCGCAUGCACUCGUUCGAGCGAGUUCGUGUCGCCUGAUUGAGUCAUACGCGAGUUGGCUUGGGCGGCGUAGUUCGGCGACGGAUUCGGCGACGCGGGCAACGCUCGCUCGCAGCGUUUUGACGUACAUCACGUCGUCGUUCCCGCACCCUAUCGCGUGGCCACGCGCGGCAACGGCGUUUCGAAGCGUCUGUUCGCGAUGUUCGCGAUAUUUGAACGAUGCGAGCACGUUCGCGGCGCUUCUGUCGCACUCAGAGCAGUGCAUCGCAAGCAUUCGUGUGACAUUCGAUCGAGCAGACACGGAGGAUCAUCGCCCAGCUGCCAUGGAGGGUUUGGCAAGACUCGUCUCGUCUAUGCCGAUUCAGCAAGCAUCCGAAGCGAGCGGACAGUUGAUCGCGCCCGUCAUCGCCAGAUUGAAAUCAUUAGCCGUGGAUCUGGCUGGGCAGAUUCCGCCGAAUCAGAUGGCGCACGCGGAGGCGUCGCGCGCGGUCGCCGCCGAACUCGGCUUGAUUGCGUCAUCGAUCAGGUUUCUGGAAUUCACGCCAAAGUCAUUGGAGGGAUCUAGAUCGGAACAUCCAGCGAUUUCCGUCCUCGCGGCGGCGUGGACGACCAUGGAAGACCUCGUGAUGACGAGAACGUGGCAGGCGCCCGUCGUCGUGAAAGCCAUCGGAGAAAUCUACGUUGCCACGCUCCUCAGCGCUAAGUCCAAGUCGGAGAACAUGAUCGUACCCAUGCUGGAAUCGAUCGCACGCACGUUCAUGGUGACCAGACACCCGUGUUUAUUCGAGCCGGUGUCCACAGCGAUCGAGAUGGCGUCAACGAGCUCGUCUGAGAAUGGCGAGAGUGGAUUAUCACCGAACGCGCCUCAAGUCGCAUCCGCGCUCGUGACGGCCUUUGUGCGCAUGGCGAGUGAAACUGUACGAUGUGCAAGCUCCGAGCCAUCGAGUCCGGAGACGUGGGAACGCGCCGAAGCACUCUUUGGAGCUGCGAGAGCAUUUGUCAUGUUCGCUCCGGCGCACGGUUUGGCUAACGAAGCCUUAUUCCCUGUGCUUGACCUCGCGGGCGCCGCCCUAGAGCUUCGUGAGUACGGUCCCGUUCGUGCGUCGUUAGCGCUUCUGAACGCGCUCGCGAAUCCCGGAGAGAAGUCCAAGGCGUCCGCGCCUUGGGUCGCCAACGCCUCGCGGGUGGAUGAAUUUUUUGUCUCUCGCGGCUCAACGCUGGUGCGAACCAUCCUCCACGCCGCGUGCUCCGAGACGAUGCCGCGCACGGCGCUUCGCGCCGCCGCCACGCUCAUCGCCACGCUCGCACACAGCGCUCCCGACGUCGUCGUCGGUUGGAUCGUAGCGACGAUAUCGUCGUCCCCGCCGACGCCGUUCAGCGCCGACGCCCGCGACCCAUUCGUCGCUAUCCUCGCUCGUCGUCCGCUCCUCGACCGCCACCGAUUAGUGUCGGCGAUCUGCGACUACGUCUUGAUCUCCCUCGGCAUCGGCGACGUCGACGACCUCUUGGCGUAUUCGAUGUGA